AAUCACAAUUUCCAUUUUUUACUCUUUUAAUUUUCUUAAAAACAAAUUAAAAAAAAAAAUAAUUAUAAGAAUUUUCUCGCUUUUCUCUCACCUGCAAAGAAGGCUCUUUACAGCAGAAGCGCUUUCCCUUCUCUCUCUCUCUCUCUUCAAGAAAAAAGAAAAAUUCGAUUGUUCUUAUUUUUGUUGUAAAGAAAGAAUUGAAUACAAAGCCUUCCUUGGCGGUGAAGCUGUCCAUAGAAGAAGAAGAAGAAGAAGAAGAAAAAAGAUUGUCCAAACGGAGCCCUAUAAAGAAGGGGCAAAAAUAGAAAAAGAAAAGGGGGAAAAAAAGGAGGAAAACCGAUUCAAUCAAAUCUUAUCGCAUCGGAGUCAUGAGGCCGAUUCAACCAACGCCGGGAACGGGAACGGGAACGGGAACGGGAACGGGAAACGGAAGUGGAAAUGGCACGGCCAAUCGAAACAAGACCAGGAAACGGAACUUAACCCUACCUCUUCCUCAGAGAGACCCAAGAUUGGCGGUUCCGCUUCCUCUUCCACCUACCUCCAGCUCCGCACAAACUCAGCAACUGAGUUUUUCGGACCUCGACCGAAUCAAUCGCAUAGGAAGUGGCAGUGGCGGAACCGUGUAUAAAGUGAUCCACCGUCCGACGGGGAAGCUUUACGCGCUGAAAGUGAUAUAUGGAAACCUUGAGGACUCGGUGAGGAACCAGAUCUGCCGCGAGAUCGAGAUUCUCCGAGGCGUCGAUCACCCAAACGUGGUUAAAUGCCACGAAUUUUACGAGCAAAGUGGGGAGAUCCAAGUCUUGCUAGAAUUCAUGGACGGCGGAUCCCUAGAAGGGACCCAUAUCGGCCUGGAGGCCCAAUUGUCGGACGUGGCCCGGAAAAUCUUGAGCGGGAUUGCGUAUCUCCACCGCCGGAAAAUAGUGCACAGGGAUAUCAAGCCUUCGAAUCUUUUAAUCGAUUCGAGCAAGAAUGUGAAAAUUGCAGAUUUUGGGGUGAGUAGGAUUCUGGCGCAGACCAUGGAUCCCUGCAAUUCAUCGGUGGGUACUAUUGCGUAUAUGAGUCCUGAGAGGAUCAACACAGACUUGAAUCACGGCCAAUACGACGGCUAUGCUGGCGAUAUUUGGAGCUUGGGGGUGAGCAUAUUGGAGUUCUAUCUGGGGAGGUUUCCUUUUGCAGUUGGGCGGCAGGGCGAUUGGGCGAGCUUGAUGUGUGCCAUUUGUAUGUCGCAACCACCGGAGGCUCCGCCUACCGCUUCGAGGGAUUUUCGUGAUUUUAUUAGUCGUUGUCUGCAGAGGGAGCCGGCGAGAAGGUGGAUGGCGAAUCAGUUGUUAAAUCAUCCGUUUAUAUCAAGGAAUAGUGGAGGCCAAAGAGAGGUGAAUCAGAGUCUACAUCAACUCUUGCCUCCCCCACGUCCUCUUUCUUCUUAGCUUCUUCUUGUUCUUCCUGCUCUUUUAUUUUUGCCUUUUCAAAAUAUAUUUUGCGAAUUAUCUCCAUGAUUUUGGUCUUUAUCUUUGUUGCUGUUGUUAUUGUUGGUGUCUUAGUUUUUUCUCCUCUCUUCAAUCCUUCCUUUUUGUAAUUUGUCAUAUGAUGGGUCGGAUUUUAUUUUUAGAAAGAAAUGGGGAAUGGGGUUCAUGCUCCUGGUUUCAACAUUCAAUCAGAAUUGAAUCAAUCUGUCUGUGAUGAUAAAGCUUACCCAGGAAAAAAAAAAAAGGAAAAACUUUCUUCUAUUACUGGCCCAAACUUUGGUGUGAACCCUUGUUAUAUUCAAUUUAGGAGAAAUUGGAGAUUGGUUGUGGAGAAUUUGGGUUAAAUUUUUGCUUAUAUUUAUUAUGAGUUGGCUUAUUCAUUGGGAAGAUUCAGAAAUUCAAUCUAUGAGAAUAAGAUAUGCUCAACGUGCUAUAUUAAUAA